GGUUCGGCAUCCCAGAACAAACCAGGACUGGUACAACGACUCAGUCUCAUACAAAAGGACAUAACCAAGUUGCAGGUGGAUGCAAUUGUGAACGCGGCUAAUGAAAGUUUACUCGGUGGUGGUGGCGUUGAUGGCUGCAUUCAUCGAGCUGCCGGUUCGGGACUACUGGCUGAGUGCAGAACUUUACACGGAUGCCCCGCCGGAGAUGCAGUAAUCACGAAGGGCUACAAACUACCGGCUUCUCGUUAG